AUGUCUUCAACAAACUUUGUCAAGGUCGAUGGUACAACGCUUGUACGUGACGGCAAGCCCUUCCGAGUGGUUGGCACCAAUUUCUGGCACGGCAUCAACAUGGGCGCAAUCGAAGAAUGGGGAGGUGACCGCAAGCGCUUGGACGCCGAAUUGGAUGAAUUGAAGAGCUUAGGUGUCAAUAUGUUGCGCAUUAUGGCUUCUUCCGAAGGUGAAGGAGACGAACCCUUCCGUAUGAAGCCAUGCUUGAUGACCAAGCCUGGUGAAUACAACGAAGAGAUCUUCCGCGGACUGGAUUACUUUUUGGAUGCCUUGGCUAAGCGCGGCUUUACUGCUAUCGUGACAUUGACCAACCAAUGGCACUGGAGUGGAGGAUUUGCUCAAUACGUUGCUUGGGCUUCCGACGACAAGGAGGUCCAGUAUCCACCUUCAUGGGAUCCUGUUGCCAAAGCUUACACGACUGCUGGAUCAUUUGAUGAUUUCGCUAAAUACGGUUGCCGCUUCUAUAACGACGAAACCAUCCGAGGAAAGAUCGACACCAUGUUUAAGGAUAAUAUCAAGACCAUUGUCAGCCGUCGUAAUACCAUCAACGGUACACUGUAUAGCGAAGACUCGUCCAUUUUGGCUUGGGAGCUAUGCAAUGAGCCCCAAUUCCCACCUGCUUGGUGGGUAGAUGAUGUGGCAGGGUAUAUUCGCAAUCUGGGAGUUUCACAACUCAUCACCUCUGGUAUUGAGACAAAAUACGAUCAUGUAGACUUCACCAACUCCCAUGCCAGCUCCAAUAUUGAUUUCUGUACCAGUCACUUCUGGUGUGAGAACUGGGAAAUUUACGACCCAGAGGACAAGACGACGGCCAGUUUAGAAAAGACCAAACAGGCUGUCACUGAAUUCAUACACAAGGUGACAAAUUGGGCUCAAGAGCUAGGCAAACCACAUAUCAUGGAAGAGUUUGGUAUGGCACGCGAUGCUCAUCUCGGAGCUAAAUACAGCGAAAAAACAACCACCACACACAGAGACGAGUAUUUUGCUACGAUUUUUAAGGUUGCUGAAGAACUUGCUGAGCAAGGUAAAAUGACUGGUACAUCCUUCUGGGCUUGGGGAGGACAAGCAUCUGAAUCUGCUGAGCCAAACCAAUAUGGUGUUAAGCAUAUCGGCGACCCACCUCACGAAACCCCUUUUUGGUACAGCGUCUUGUCAAGUGACACCACAACCAAAGACAUCAUCAAAUCGCACGCUGAGCGAAUGUUGUAA